AUGAGGGCCAGGGGAGCUUUCAAGGCCGCAGCCUUGCUCACGUCCUUAUGGACUGCGGCUGUCUGCGCGGCGAAGGACGGCCCAACCUUCCACGUCAAUGAGUUCAAACACUACCCAUCGACCCUUAGCUACUUCGAAGAUUCCGAUGUCAUCCUAUUCCAAGACAUGUCCGACUACAAUGUCUACCGCACCACGAACGCCGGCGAAACGUGGGACAAGGUCCCAGACGUCCCCGACGGCAAGGCCUACAUGCUCGUCAUGCACGAAUACGACCACUCCCGCGCAUAUAUACUGACGGAGGGGAUACAACAUUACCGGACAGAGGAUAAGGGAAAGACCUGGACGUCGUUCCUCACUGACGCCGAAGUCAGCAUCUUCCGUGGAGACAUUCUUAACUUCCACGCCGACGACCCCGACCGCAUCCUCUUCAAUGGCAUGGAUUGCCAAGGCAUCUUCUGCGAUGAGGUCACCAUGUACACCACCGAUGGAUUCAAGUCAGACGCCAAGUUCCUCCGUGGCAACACGGCCGGCUGCUGGUGGGCUAAGUCAUCGUACCUGUUCACCACCGGGCAAGACGAUCUGGAUAAGCAGCGCAUCCUUUGCAUCGUCAGGGACGAUUUCUCGCCGCUCAAACAAGACAACCGCUUGCUAAUAUCCGAUAACUACUUCAGCGCCGUCAAGUCGGAUGGUGUCAUUCAAGAAUUCGAACCGGACUUGGACAUCAACAGACCUGUGCAGGGUGUCGUGAACCUGGCAAUUGUGAAGAAAUAUUUGCUUGUGGCUACGAGCUCAUUGAACACUGACGAGAUGGCGCUGUUCGUGACGGACGACACUAAGAAGUGGCAUCGCGCUAUGUUCCCUACCGACCAUCGCAUUGACCAGGAGGCUUACACUGUGCUUGAGAGCACGAACUACAGCAUCCAAAUCGAUGUGAUGACCACGAGGCCAUCCAAUCCGAUGGGUGUCAUGUUUACAAGCAACUCGAAUGGCACCUUCUUCACCAAGAAUAUCGAGCAUACCAACCGGAACCACCAUGGCAACGUCGACUUUGAGAAGAUUGCUGGCAUUCAGGGCAUCUUCCUCGUCAACAAGGUUGACAACUGGAAUGAUGUAGAGAAAGACAUGAUGGCCAAGAAGAAAAUUAUCUCAGAAAUCACACACGAUGAUGGAAGGACCUUCACGCCAAUUAAGGCAGACCGAGAGAGGGUACAUCUUCACUCAGUAACCGAUUUGCUUAACACUGGACGUGUAUUUUCCAGCCCUGCUCCUGGACUGGUCAUGGGCAAUGGCAACACCGGAGACUAUCUGAAGAGCUAUUCGGACGCUAGCCUUUAUAUCUCUGAUGAUGCCGGUGUGACGUGGAUCAAGGGGCCCGAUGGACCACAUAAAUAUGAAUUUGGUGAUCAAGGGUCCAUCCUGGUAGCCAUUCAUGAUUCCGACAAGGACAAUGUUGGCGAGAUCAAAUACUCUCUGAACCACGGCGUAGAUUGGAAGACGGCCCAGUUUCCAGAUGACCUCAAGAUCAAGCCCUGGAUUCUCACUACAACUCAAGAUUCAACGAGUCUGAAGUUCAUCCUUGUUGCUCAGUCAGGAGACGAACUGCGACCGAAGUUUCACAUCAUCGCCAUUGAUUUUGAGGGUCUGCAUGAGAAGAAAUGUGGCAAGGAGGACCUUGAGGAGUGGUGGGCCAGAGUUGAUGACGAUGGUAAUCCAACAUGUUUGAUGGGGCACACCCAGAAAUAUCAGCGCCGGAAGAAGACUGCAGACUGCUUCAUCUUAAACGAAUUCGAAGAUCCAGUCGUCGAGACGACAAAUUGCAAAUGCACAGACGCGGACUUCGAAUGCGACUACAAUUUUCGCCGAGAUGGCAAGGACUGCAUUCCUGCCGGCCCCAUUAUAGCUCCCGAAGAAGCCUGCAAAAACGCCAAGCCCGAGGAUACCUUCAAGGGCUCUUCGGGAUGGCGUCUUAUCCCAGGUAACACCUGCGAGCGAGAGAAGGGUGCUCAGAAGGAUGAUCCGGUGGAUAGGAAAUGCUCCGACUCUGAGUCUAAGCCGCAAGUCCCGGCUAGUGGCAAGGUUUCUUCAUCUCAGCAUGUCUUUAAGGGCGACUGGGAUAAUGUUGAGUACCAUUACCUCGAGAAAGGUGAUACUAGCAACACAGAUGAUGAGGUGAUCAUUGCAAGAGCAACCAGAGGCCGUGAGGCAGCCGGUGAGAUCUUGAUCACCAAGAACCAGGGCGAAGAUUGGAAACAUCCUGAUGGCCUUCACGACAAGAAUGUCUGGCUUAUUCUCCCUCAUUAUUAUUUCAAAGACGCUGUGUUCUUUCUUACUAAAGAAGGCAAGGUUACUUACACAAUGAACCGAGGCGACACCUUUGACGAUUUCACGGCGCCUCUCCCACCCGUAGAAGGGAUGUCUCCUCUGGUUUUCCACCCUGAUAAGAAGGACUGGCUCAUCUGGUUGGGCACAAAAUGCCAUGAUGGAGGCGCCUGCUACAACGAAGCCUCUUACUCUACAGAUCGUGGCGACAAUUGGCACACUAUCGUGCGCUAUGUUGGGAAGUGUGAGUUCACAGGAUCGAGUGCUUAUAAGUUCCGCCACGAAAAGCAGAUUAUCUGCACAGCCAGGAAGCGAGAGGAUCCAGAGAAGAAAGACAACCCAUGGCAGCUCAUCGGUAGCACCGACUGGUUUGAAACGAAGACUGUCUACCAGGAGAAUGUCAGAGACUUCGCAACCAUGGCAGAGUUUAUCGUCGUUGCCACAGAGAACAAGGAACAGGAGACACUUCAGGCACUUGCGAGUAUCGAUGGCGAGACGUAUGCGGAAGCCAAGUUCCCAUACAACUUUGAGGUUUCAAACCAGCAUGCAUACACCGUGCUGGACAGUUCCACCCACGCUGUAAACCUCUUUGUAGCUACCGAGCUCAAGGAGAAUCGCAAAUACGGGACCAUCAUCAAGAGCAACUCUAACGGCACAUCGUAUGUCCUCAGCAUCUCCGGAGUCAACUGCAACGAAGGGUACUAUGUCGACUUUGAGAAGAUGCUUGGCCUAGAGGGCGUUGCGGUGGUCAACAUCGUCGCUAACCGCGAUAAAGCCGGCGAGGACAAGAAACUCCGCACUAUGAUAACACACAAUGAUGGAGCUGUCUGGAGUUACCUGCCCCCACCAGCGAAGGAUAUUGAUGGCAAGUCCUACAGCUGCGGUAGCAAGGAGGGCACUGAGAAGUGCGCACUUCAUAUCCACGGUUAUACCGAUAGGGAGGAUUAUAAGCGGACAUAUUCGUCUGAGGGAGCGGUCGGCCUGAUGUUCGGCGUCGGUAAUGUGGGCUCGUACCUUGGAGACAUCGACAAGGGAGACACCUUCAUGACAACUGACGCUGGCAUCACAUGGAAGAAUGUAAAGAAGGGUCGGUGGACCUGGCAGUUCGGGGAUCAAGGCUCCAUCAUCGUCCUCGCUGAACUGCACAAGAGCACCAAGAUCGUUUCUUAUACUACUGACGAGGGCCAGACCUGGAAUGAUUACGAGUUCUCCUCCAAAGAGGUCAAGAUACGCGACUUGACAACCUUGCGAAGUGGCUCCUCUCGCAAAUUUGUCAUCUGGGGAUCUGAUGACGGAACACAGUUCGCCGAGACACUCGACUUUACUGGCUUGGCUGAUCGGCCCUGUGCCCAAGACGAUGACCCUAAUAAGUCCGACUACAAGAUCUGGUCUCCUAAACACCCGUCUCAAGACAACGACUGCUUGUUUGGUCACGUCACGAAGUAUCUUCGUAAGAAGACGGACAAGACCUGCUACAAUGGCUAUCGGAUCAAGCAUCUUUACAAUGUCGAAAACUGCACCUGUACUCGCCAGGACUUUGAAUGUGACUACAACUAUGAGCUUGAUAACCAUAACUACUGCAAGCUUGUCGAUGGUCUACAGCCCAUUGAUCCAUUGGCAUGGUGCAAGGAGAAUCCUGACGAGAGGGAAUACUACGAACCCACGGGAUUCCGACGCAUCCCACUUACAACCUGCGUCGGCGGAACACAGUACGACAAGGAGUCCCCUGUCCACCCGUGUCCUGGCAAGGAGAGGGAGUUUGAGAAGGCACAUGGCAUCUCAGGGGUCGGCAUCUUCUUUGCCGUCACCAUUCCCUUCGCCAUUGCCGGCUUUGUCGGCUGGUACAUCUGGCGCAACUGGAACGGCAAGUUUGGCCAGAUCCGCCUGGGCGAGAGCGGCUACGGCGGCGGGGGUAUGCUGGACAGCGACGCACCCUGGGUCAAGUACCCGAUCAUCGCGGUCUCGGCGGUCGUGGCGGUCGUCGGAGCGAUCCCACUCGUUGUUGGGGGCUUGUGGAGGACGGUCAGCGGCAGAGGUGGUUGGACGCGGCUGGGCGGUGGCCAUCGGCCUUUUACAACACGGGACAGCUUCGCGCGGGGCCGGGGCGACUAUGCUGUUGUGGACGACGACGAGGGAGAGCUGCUUGGAGAUGACAGUGAUGAGGAGGUGUAG